CAGAAAUCAACGAGUGGCUUCGUGAUUGCAAGCUAACUACAACGUAACAGCUCUAAAGGAUAUCCACCGUUCGACUUUGGGUAGAUAUUAAACUGGUUCUCAUGGGUUGCGUCCACUAUUUGUUCGUUUUGGUCCUUGUGCUGCAUGUUCCUUUACGUACCAUAUCUGGACCAAUCAAGGAUCGAGAUAUUACAAACUGGAUAACAAACGACCGUGGCAAUAUUCUGUCCGAGAAACUCGGUUCUCUCCGAGAUUAUCAAGAGAACGCCAUUUCCGAUGACGCCCAUGAGGAUCGUUUGGUAAACAUCGGUUCCCUUCGUGAUCUCCAUGAAAAACAACUCUCUGAUAGCGCUCAUGAGGAUUUGUCCGGAAACAUCAGAUCUCCAAGUGAUUACCCUGAGAAAAAGCUCUCAAAUAGCGACAAUGAAGACCUGUCCGAAAACAUCGAAUCCAUCAGCGAUUACCCUGAGAAAGAGCUCUCCAAUAGCGACAAUGAAUAUCUGGUCGAAAACAUUGGAUCUCUGAGCGAUUACCCUAAGAAAGCACUCUCCAAUAAUGCACCUAAGGAACUGGCCGAAAAAAUCGGAUCCCUCCAUGAUUACCCCAACAGCGUCAAUGAAGAUCCAUCCAAAAACGUAGGAAACCUUCGUGAUAACGCAGAGAAUGACAUUGCGCAAUUUCUGCCAAAAGAAAUCGCCCAUCUGGAUCUGUCCGAAAACAUUGAAUCUCUCAGUAAUUUUUUUGAGAAAGAGCUCUCCAAAGGCGCCCAUCUGGAUCUUUCCGAAAACAUCCAAUCUUUGAGUGAUUACCCUUCGAAAGAGCUCUCCGAUACCGACAACGUAGAUCUGCACGAAAACAUCGGACCUCUGAGUGAUUACCCUGAGAAAGAGCUCUUCGAUAGCGACAUCGAAGAUCUGUCCGAAAACAUCGGACCUCUGAGUGAUUACCCUAAGAAAGAGCUCUCCGAUAGCGACAACGAAGAUCUGCCUGAAAGCUUCGGACCUCUGAGUGAUUACCCUGAGAAAGAGCUCUCCGAUAACGACAACGAAGAUCUGUCCGAAAACAUCGGACCUCUGAGUGAUUACCCUGAGAAAGAGCUCUCCGAUAGCGACAACGAAGAUCUGUCCGAAAACAUCGGAUCUCUGAAUGAUUACCCUUCGAAAGAGCUCUCCGAUAGCGACAACGAAGAUCUGUCCGAAAACGUCAAGUCUCUGAGUGAUUACCCUGACAAAGAGCUCUCCGAUAGCGCCUAUGAAGAUCUGACCAAGAACAUCGAAUCCCUGAGGGAUUACCCUGACAAAGAGCUCUCCAAGAGCGCCCAUGAAGAUCUGACCGAAAACAUCGAGUUUCUAAGUGAUUACCCUGAGAAAGAGUUCUUCGAUAACGCCAAGGCAGAUCUGUCCGAAAACAUUGGAUCACUCCGUAAAUAUCCUGAGAACAAAAUUUAUAGCAACGCCCGUGAGGAUUUCUCCCAAACAAUUGCAUCACUUCGUGAUUACCCUGAGAACCAACUUUCUGACAGUGCUCCAAAGGAUCUUUCCGAAAACGUUAGAACCCUCCAUGAUUAUCCUGAGAACGAACGACUAUGAGGAUCUGUCUGAAAAUAUCAGAACACACUAUAAUCAUCCUGAGAAUGACUUGUCUGAUAGCCACCACGAAGAUCUGUUGGACCACAUCAGUACUUUACUAGUUUGAACUUCGUUAGCUCAUUCACAAAAGUGAGGCCAAAUUAACAAAAGAUAUAUUUUUAAGGUUUUGGGAGUACUUCAUGCGAGCAACCCAUGUAAUCCACAAAGGGCAAACGGGUAAAUUCGUGUUAUCAAUAAAUAAUAAAUGGUAACGUAUUAGA